AUGCCCUAUGAGCCCCUUCCUUCACUCUUCCCGGGCACUCUUGAGGAGGAGGUGGAGGAGGAGGAAGUGGUCGCACCUCCUGCUAUGCCCUAUGUCCCUACCUCAGUCCCCACCCCACCUCCUCCUCCUGUGUACCCUCGCGUGGUCCCCCCUACCCCUCCUCCUCCUCCUCCUCCUGUUAUUCCCUCUCCCCUUCCACCCUCCAUCCCUCCUGCCCCUGCUCCCUCCUCCUCUUCAUCUUCCACGGCGCCGCCCGUUGGUGAAGGGGGGAUAGUGGUGCCGCCGUCUAUUGUGAUCACCGACGGGCAGCGCUUUGAGACUGAGCAGCUGCAGGACGAGAGCAGCAUGGAUGGAGUGCGGCAGAGUGGGGGGACGGAGACUGGGGAGCAGCAGAUUGGGGAGCAGCAGAUAGGGGAGGAGCAGAUUGGGGACCAGCAGAUGGUGGACCCGCAGUCAGGGGAGCAGCAGACAGGGGAGCCACAGACGGGGGAGCAGGAGAUGUGGGGAAUUAGAGAUGGUGGUCGUGUGGUGGCUUCUGGGACGAUCAGUGCGCCACUGCGUCGCUCUACUCGCAUCACUCGUGGAAUCCCGCCUCUUAAGUAUGCUUGGGCUUUAGUGGUUGAGCCAGCAGGAUUGGAUGACGAGGAGGAGGACGAGGAGUGGACAGACCUGGACCCUGACGUGACAGGCGAGUGGCAGAGCACGCUGGGAGCGCCAGUAGCGGUGUCGGGCGUGGGGCUGCAUCUGGGCCUUCCCACCACCGUUACGCUGCUGCCCGCCCCUGCUGCCUCGGGUCGGGUCUUCCACGUGGUGCUUGGGGGGGAUGGCGGAGGGGGAGAGGUGGACAGGGUUGCAACAGGAGCUGGGAGGGAAGGGAGAGUGGUGGAGAUCGGUGCAGAUGUGUGGAGUGUGGUGGACACGCGGCUCUGCACUGUGCUGGCUGCUGCUUCCGCUACCCCGUCCAGUCCGCCCUCCUCCCCUGACGAGUCGCCAGCGGGUGGGGAACGUGAACAGAGUGAAGUGCGGUUGGGAACGGUGGAACAUCUUCUGUCGGCUCUAGAGGGGUGUGGCGUGGACAACUGUGUGAUUCGCGUGGAGGGCGCUGGCGAGAUGCCACUUCUGGACGGAUCAGCAGCGGAGUGGGUUGAACACAUCAUGGCGGCCGGCAUCCACCCCGCCACCCUGCACCGCUCCAACGGCACCACAGGCCAUGCUGCUACCGGCGAUGCUGGUGCUGCUGCUAAUGAUGCUGUGACUGUGGAGAGGAGAAGGUGGAAUUUGCCUGGAAACCAGCCAAUCACGGUGCAGCAUGGGGAUUCGUUCAUCGCUGCAUUCCCCCGAGCUUCACCGCUUCUCACCUAUGGCAUUGAUUUUCCACAUGUGCCGGCCAUCGGGCGGCAGUGGGUGUCGUGGGAGCCGUGCCGCUCACAGCAACCAGCACAAGCGCGAGCAGCAGAGCGACGCCAGGGCGGAGGAGAGGAACCAGGUGGAGCAGCAGAGCAGCCAGUGGGGGCAGCAGCGCAGGGCGAGCAUGGCGAGCAUGGAGAGCAGGGUCAGGAGUGUGGCGACUAUGUGUCGGGCAUUGCGCCGGCGCGCACCUUCUGCAUUCUCGAACAGGUGGAGCAGAUGCGAGCAGCGGGGCUCAUCAGGGGUGGCUCGCUCGACAAUGCCCUCGUGUGCAGCCAAGCGCGAGGGUGGGUGAACCCACCUUUGAGACUCCCUCUGGAGCCGUGCCGCCACAAGCUGCUGGAUCUCAUAGGGGACCUGGCGCUGUGUGCCAGGGGGGGCAACGCCGGCAUUCCCAACGCACACAUAGUGGCCUAUAAAGCGAGCCAUGCUCUGCACGUGGCGUUUGGUAAGGCACUUAUGGGCGCACUCGAGGCAGAGGCCAAGGGGCGUGGCGGGGCUGGAAACUCCCACUUCUCCCUUCACCACCACUCCCCCUUGCUCCUCUUCUCUCUUCACCACCACUCCCCCUGCCCCUCUUCUCUCUUCACCACCACUCCCCCUUGCCCCUCUUCUCUCUUCACCACCACUCCCCCUGCCCCUCUUCUCUCUUCACCACCACUCCCCCUUGCCCCUCUUCCCUCUUCACCACCACUCCCCGUGCCCCUCUUCCCUCUUCUCCCGAGUGCGCGCGCCGGCCGCCCCCUCCGCGAGUGCGCGCGCCGGCCGCCCCCUCCGCGCAACCCUGACAUCAACCCUAAACACUAA